AUGCCACCGAAUGGCGCAGAUAAUCUAUUGCCGAACGAACCGCUUAUUAAAGUUGAAAAGACUGUUACUAUCGAGAAGCCAGAGAAAUCAGAGCACAUUGAAGCGGACAAUGACGCCACAGAAUGUGAUUGCCAGGAACUGGGGUUGAGAGCAGGUGAUGCAGUGUUCGCAAGUGUUGUGGUGGCCCCUUUAGUUGUAGCAGUAUGGCGUAGUUCAUUGGGCAACAUGGAACUGCACGCCAAUAUGUUUCCAUACGCCCAAAACUUCAUUCUUGGAAUUUUAAUACACUGUUGUUUUUCUAUUGCAAAAACUCGCCUGUUUUCCCGAUCUGUUGACGCAUGGGGUGAAGGAAAAGCAGGCCGGUGGCUUAGAGAACGAGUACUAUCUCGGUUUUAUACAUUCAUAUUCAUUUUAUCAAACGUUAUGCACUGGAGAGGUGGUUGGGGCCUUAUGGAUACUAUGGUCGCUGCCAUUUUACCCAAUGAUCAGGAUCCUCAUAGACCAGUGUUGAUAGCGACGUAUUUGAUCGUAUGUGUCGUGUUGAUCUUAGUUCUUCGCUCCACACGCAACCUCCUAGCGCCUCCUUACAUCGUAGUCACCGAUGGAAAACAUCCAACUUACAUAUUUACUACAAGAUUUCAAAAGCAGCAGCGACGUGAACUCUUGUUACGGAGUCUGAGAAAUAUAUUAUCUCCGCCGUUCGCAGUUGUUGUUGAUGCGCCUAAGGAUUUUUUCUAUGUUCAUACUUUGCUUAAAACGAGUAGUAAGGAAACAGCUCUUUACAUACUGGACUGUGUCUUUUCUGCGACUGUGGUCGGGUCACUGGUGGUGUUCGUGUGGCGAGGUCUGUUUGCUUUGAUUGACAUUUACCUCUAUCCAGAUGAUCCUGCCAAAUCUUGCUGGACGUCACUUGUAGUAGGUUACUCUGUGGUAGUUGUGACGUUUUCGCUGCAGGCGCCGAUGCGGUGGGCUGUCGCAAGACUUCAGGGAGUCCCAAGGCUGUUGAUCGCUGAUGUUUACCACUUACUUUCAUUCGCUUCCACGGUUAAUGUAUGGCGAGGGGUUUGGGGAUUGCUGGACAUUUAUUUUUUGCCAGAUUCGCCUCACUUAAGCAACUGGUCUUGCCUCAUCGUAAGUCUGGCGUUGCUGAUGCUCUUAAAUUGUUCAAAUUCAAUUCUUGUAAGAGGAGUUUAUAUUGACGCAGAGGAACCAGCUGGCGAAUGCGUCAUCUUCCCCUGUCAUUACCUCCGACUCUUCAUCCAUAAGAAAAGACCAAAACGACAGAAAGCAUUGGACUUAACGAAAAAAAUGGAAGAUGCCAGUGUGCCUUUACAAACACCAGAAGCAAAGGUAUAG